UAUAGCGAGCUCAUUGAGGCCACAUUGAAUUCGCCUGUAUAUUAAACCUUUCCCUUCAACAAUCCAGCUCAACCAACAAAACCCACUUCAUUUUAUUCUUCCUCCAUUGGAGCCAUUCCACAAGCUUUUCACAUUACCCAUGUGGGUUUGUUAGCUAUUUUCUCAAUUUGGGGACAAAACAACAAAAAAAAUGGAGUUCCCGCAGGGAAUUUUAGCGGCGGCGGUUCUCGGUUUCGCUUUUCUGGGUUUUGUCCGGACAGAUCUGGCCUCUGACAGGGCGGCGCUGGUGGGUUUUCGGGCGGCGAUGGGUGGUCGGCCCCGAUUAGAGUGGAAUCUCUCCGAUGUAUCUCCCUGUUCUUGGGCUGGUGUUAAUUGUGACACGAAUGGGGUUUUUGAGCUCAGGCUUCCGGCAAUGGGGCUUUCCGGUGAGCUUCCGAUGGGGCUUGGGAAUUUGACGCAGUUACAAACUCUUUCUCUAAGGUUUAAUGCUCUGUCUGGACGGAUUCCGGCGGAUUUUGCGAAUCUUCGUUCGCUGAGAAAUCUUUACUUGCAGGGGAACUUGUUUUCCGGCGACAUUCCGACGUUUAUGUUCGAUUUGCGGAAUCUGGUUCGGUUGAACAUGGCGGACAACAAUUUUUCAGGUGAGAUUUCAUCUGGGUUCAACAAUUUGUCCCGUUUGGCUACUCUGUAUUUACAGAACAAUCAGUUUACCGGAGUAGUUCCCGACUUAAAUCUCCCUCUUGAGCAAUUUAAUAUCUCCUUUAAUCAAUUAAAUGGCUCAAUUCCCUCGAAGCUGUCUAGUUUUCCGGCGAGUGCUUUUGAGGGGAACUUGCUUUGUGGGGCGCCAUUGUUACUCUGUAACUCGACAGCCACUGAGCCCGGUCGAAAGUCGAAACUCUCGGGCGGGGCGAUUGCUGGAAUUGUGAUUGGUGGUUUGUUUGUUUUGGUGUUGAUUUUGGUUGUUUUGAUUCUUGUGUGUCAAAGAAAAAGUAAAGGAAAAUCGGAGUCGAAAGAGGGGGUUCGAUCGGCCAGUGAGGUUGCGGUGCCAAGAGAGAAGACGGCAAUAGCGGAAGGGAGUAGCGAAAGCAUAAACAUAGAUCAUUUGACUCCAGCGAAAUCCUCGGCAAAGGGUGGCGAAAAGGAUAAGAGAUUGGUGUUCUUUGGUAAUGUGGGAAAUGUAUUCGACUUGGAGGAUUUGUUGAGGGCGUCGGCGGAGGUCCUUGGGAAGGGGACGUUCGGGACAGCAUAUAAAGCGACAUUGGAGACGGGGAUGGUGGUGGCCGUGAAGCGGUUGAAGGAGAUGACGGCGGCGGAGAAGGAGUUCAGGGAGAAGAUGGAGGAGGUGGGGAGGAUGAAGCAUGAGAAUUUAGUCCCUCUUAGAGCUUAUUAUUACAGCAGAGAGGAAAAGCUUUUGGUUUAUGAUUACAUGCCAAUGGGAAGCUUGUCUGCACUUUUACAUGGUAGUAGAGAGUCAGGGAGAACUCCGUUGAAUUGGGAAGCAAGGUGUGGCAUAGCACUUGGAGUCAGCCGUGGAAUUCAUUACCUUCAUUCUCAAGGCCCUACCAUCUCUCAUGGCAACAUCAAAUCCUCUAACAUUCUCCUCACAAGAUCAUACGAAGCGUGUGUAUCCGACUUCGGCCUUGCGCAACUAGCCAUGUCUCCGUCGGCUCCAAGUCGUGUCGCUGGGUACCGAGCCCCAGAGAUUACCGAUUCUCGAAAGGUAUCACGAAAGGCAGAUGUUUAUAGUUUGGGAGUGUUGUUAUUGGAGAUGCUAACAGGAAAAUCUCCUACACAUUCUAUUUUCAAUGAGGAAGCUGUGGACCUUCCUAGAUGGGUUCAAUCUGUGGUUCAAGAGGAAUGGACAGCUGAAGUGUUUGAUGAACAACUUCUUAGAUACCAAAAUGUUGAGGAGGAGAUGGUUCAACUCUUAGAACUCGCUCUACAAUGCACCAUCCCUUAUCCCGAUAAUCGUCCCGAAAUGGACGAGAUCGUUCGACGCAUCGAAGAACUUUGUCGAUCUACCUCACAAAAACAGAGUGAGGCAAUUGACAAUGAUGGAAAUAAUGGUAUUUCCACACAGUUUCAUUCAUUAAACUCACCUCAUCCACCAUCUGCAGAGUAGGGAUGAAGUAAGAUUGAAGAAUGGCAACUUUAGAUUAUUUUUUUUCUUUUUUCAUUAUUAUUCUUGGGUUUAUUUCUUUUUAUUUUUCAUAUAAUACCUCUUCAUUUUUCACUUAUAUAAUACUUGUAAGUCUUAUACAUGUAUUUUUUUUAGUUUGUAAAAGUACUUUUCUCUUGCAAUUCAAUACCUUUGCCAAAAAACAUAAACAAAAAAAAAAAGUGUAGGAUCACAU